UUAUGUAGUCUGUAGCCACGCUUUCUCGGAAAAUGAAACUGCGUACAUGGAGACGAAAGAAAUUUAGGCCCAAAGUGCCGGAAAUUAAAAUGCAUACAGAAACUUUCGACAAUGGCUGAACCUCCCAAUCAUAUGCAGAACCCACAAGUGAACGAUAUUCUUUCGGCGGCCUUAGGGCAAAGUGGCCUAACAUUUACAGAGACUGAGGAAGAUGAUGUCCAAGAUGUGUUUGCCGCGCUAUCUGCUGAUGGCGACUUUCCGUCGUACAUGCAGCGACAAAACUCAGUUCGAAGUAGCAUACCAGCUGGAAGAACAGCUUCAAGGACUAACAAAAUUGAUACUUCAGGGCAUUUACAAAGUGACCUUGAUGAUAUUAUGGACUUGAUAAAUAGUGAUUCUGUGGGACAUCAGGAGGAAAGUUUUUCAGGUUUCACCCAUAAUUCAGUACCGGUCCCAUCAGUACCACUUGUUCAACAGCAGAAAGUAUACACAAAUAACGAAAGUACUAGCUUUGCUCUAUCCGGACUGCUUAAAAUGCCAGCCGUUUCAAAAAGUGAGCAGUUUGUUGAAUACCAAAGUAAAGAAAUUGCAAAUUUAGUCGACUCCCUAAAGGAAUCAUCAGCUGGACUGUUACAUCAAAGCUCCAGCACGCUUCAAACUUCGAGAAUUCAGUUUCCUGGUAACAAGGAAGUUCCUGGCCUUAAAAACAUCCUUGCUUUGCAAAGAAACAAAGAUGUAUUGGGAUUGCAAUUUGCAAGAAAGGUUGAAGUAAAUCAUGUUGAUGCAGAGCAACAGGAGGAAAUUGAAGAAGAGGAGGAGGAGCUGGGGUACACUGAUACAUUUGCAGAUUAUAUGCCUUCAAAAGUUAAAAUUGGAAAGAAGCAUCCUGAUCCAGUAGUCGAAACAAGUUCUAUGGCAAGUGUUUCACCACCAGAUGUUUGGUACAAAUUAAGUUUGCCAUCAGAGAUUAUUGAAGGAAGUUUCCUCUCUGCAUUACAACUGGAAGCAGUCAUUUAUGCAUGCCAACAACAUGAACAUCUCUUGCCUGAUGGAAAAAGAGCUGGUUUUUUGAUUGGUGAUGGUGCAGGAGUUGGAAAAGGAAGGACAGUAGCAGGAAUAAUAUAUGAAAACUAUUUGCUGGGUAGAAAAAGAGCUAUCUGGCUAAGUGUUUCUAAUGAUCUGCGCUAUGACGCAGAAAGGGACCUUCGUGAUAUUGGAUGCAAUAUAUCCGUGCAUGCAUUGAACAAGUUCAAAUAUGACGAAAAGAUAUCUUCUCGAGCAAAUGGAAAAGUCAAGAAAGGAAUUGUGUUUUCGACAUACUCCUCGCUUAUUGGUGAAACGCAAGGAAAGGCUCGCUUUAAAACGAGGCUGAGUCAGUUGUUACAUUGGUGUGGAGAAGACUACAAUGGAGUCAUAAUUCUAGACGAGUGCCACAAAGCAAAGAAUUUAGUACCAACCGGCUCCGGUAAACCCACCAAGACUGGUCUUACUGUUCUCCAGCUGCAGGAUAGGCUACCCAAAGCAAGAGUCGUCUAUUGCAGUGCGACAGGUGCCUCGGAACCCAAAAACAUGGCGUAUAUGAAUCGCCUAGGCAUUUGGGGUGCUGGCACUCCAUUUAGAGAAUUUGGUGAUUUCAUUCAGUCUGUGGAGAAGAGAGGGGUCGGUGCAAUGGAACUAGUAGCUAUGGAAAUGAAGCAUCGUGGCAUGUACAUUGCUCGUCAGCUAAGCUUUGCUGGCACUUCCUUUGAUGUCCGGGAGAUACCUUUAAGCGACCAAUUUAUAGACAUGUAUAAUGCGUCUGUCAAACUGUGGGCAGACGCUAGAGAGAAAUUCGAGAAAGCAGCUGAUCUAAUAUCUCUAGAUGGCCAUGUUAGAAAAACGGUUUGGGGACAGUUUUGGUCAGCUCAUCAGCGAUUCUUCAAAUACCUUUGUAUCGCUGCAAAAGUAAAGAAAGUUGUGUCCAUAGCAAAGGACGCUAUCAGGGAUGGAAAGUGUAUAGUAAUUGGCUUGCAGUCAACUGGAGAAGCUAGGACGCAAGAACAAGUCGACGACCUGGCUGGGGACCUAAACGAUUUUAUAUCAACCGCAAAGGGAGUUUUAAGUGGGCUUAUCGAGAAGCAUUUCCCUGUUUCUGGUUCAAAGUUUACGGAUCGAUCUUCUGAUUUUGGUUGGAAUGCAGAUGGUUUUGGGAACACAGGCAAAAGAAAACGAGGUUGGAGAGAAAACAUUCACAAAAAGAGAAAACUAGAAGAGACAGAAAGUGUUUUCGAUUCAGAUUCAGAAAACGCAACGGACAGUUUUGUGGACGUUGAAGAAGCCUCUUUGGACAAAGUUAAUGAUUCCGACGAGGAUAAUGAUAGUCAGGUUGCUGCUUCGUCCUCAGAAUCGAACUCUGAUACUGAUGAAGAUAAUUGGCUUAAAGCAUUUUCUGACGAACCAAAGUCGAAUAAAAAGAAGACAAAGAAAAAGAAGUUGGACAAGAACAGCAGUGCAUCAGAAGAUAGUCUGAGUGUGCUCAAUGCAGCUGGGUUAUUUGGCAAGCAGUUCUCUUGGGCUGAUGCCUCAAGUGGCAGUGAUGCGCUCAAAAGCAACCGACUCAAGAAGGCGAAUUCAUCUCAGCAACUGACUAAACAGAUAUCGCUAAACCAAAACAUAUCUGCAUCAUUGUCAGCUGCUGAGCAGUGUUCACUCAUGAAGAACGAACUUCUAGAGAAACUAGAUGUUCUAGCACCGUUUCUACCUCCCAACACAUUGGACGAGCUAAUUGAUGAGCUGGGAGGGCCUGACCGUGUUGCAGAGAUGACUGGUAGAAAGAAUCGCGUAUUGCUGCGAGAUGAUGGGCGUUUCAUUUAUGAGUCAAGGUCCAAAGACGAUGUUCCCUUGGAAAUGCUCAACAUUGCUGAGAAAGAUCGAUUCAUGAGUGGAGGAAAGUUUGUGGCAAUAAUUUCUGAAGCUGCAAGUUCAGGAAUUUCGUUACACGCUGACAGGCGGGCCAAGAAUCAAAGGAGACGAAUUCACAUCACGCUGGAGCUUCCGUGGAGUGCUGACAAGGCUAUCCAGCAAUUUGGUCGUUCGCAUCGUUCAAAUCAAGUCUCUGCUCCGGAAUAUUUGUUCCUUAUAUCCGAACUUGCAGGGGAAAGGCGAUUCGCAUCAAUUGUGGCAAAAAGACUAGAAAGUUUGGGUGCAUUGACUCAUGGUGACAGACGAGCUACUGAGUCCAGAGACCUGAGUUGUUUUAAUUUUGAUACGAAGUAUGGAAGAACUGCUCUAGAGGUUACAUUAAAAUCUGUCUUGGGGCUUGAAAAGUCGUUAGCUCCGUAUCCUUUAGAUUACGAAGGAGACUUCUUAGAAGACACUAAAGAUGGUCUUAUUGGUGUUGGAGUAUUUUUACGUGGACCACAAAACUCAAUAACAUUCACAGAAAAAGAUUAUUCGAAAGUUUCCAGAUUCUUAAACCGGAUACUUGGCUUAAAUGUAGGCAUACAAAAUGCAUUGUUUUCGUAUUUCAUUGACACGAUGAACAAUAUUAUCAAAGAAGCCAAGAAGCGGGGAAGUUGGGAUGAGGGCAUUGUUGAUCUUGGCUCUCAAGGUGAAUCUGUGAAGAAGCUUGAUGUGAAAACAUUUGUGUCCUCGUCCUCUUCUGGACAAGUGUCAAAUGAGCUGAUAACGGUAAGCGUUGAAAGAGGACUGCCAUGGCAUCGUGUAUACGAUAUUUUUCUAAGCUGCUCAUACCAAGAAGAAGGCUUCUAUCAGACAAACACAACACGUCUUGGAAAAAGGACUGUUGUUCUUGUGAAAAGAGCCCCAGUUACUUCUAAGAAAAAGCUUUACACGUUGUACCGCCCAAAUAUCGGCAUGCAACCCAAACAAGAACAGCUAUCAGAUAUACAAAGGAAGUUUGAAAAGAUACACGAUGUUGAAGCAGAGCACUUGUGGAAAGACCAAUACCAAUUUUCUGAAAGCCAUUGCUCUCAUGCUUACUGGCAAGGGAAAUGUAAAAAGAAGGAGCUAGGCCUUGGUUGUGAGGUUGGAAUGAGGAGGAAGACUGUAUAUGUACUUGCUGGUUCUGUACUUAGUAUAUGGACAAAAAUCGGAGUAAUCCUCUCAAAUCAGUCAGGCUCGAGCGGAAAAAUGCAGAUAAUCAGAGUCAGGCUUGAUGAUGGAACUAAAAUUGUUGGUGUACUGAUUCCAAGUAAUCAAGUUCAGGUGCUAAUUCGGACACUUUCUGGUUCACAAAAUGACCCAUGCAGCAUUCUUGAUCUCUUGUAAAGCAAUUUCAGCUGCAUUUAGGUGAUUUGUAUGUUUCCAUGUAAAUUUCUACUAUGUUUUUUGUGAGACAUGUUUGGUUAUUAAUUGCAAUUUACAUCCAGAA